AAUUUACCUCCGAUAAUACCCACCGAGACAGCUUGUUCCGCAACCGAUUUCUGGUGAAUAGGGACAUUGUACCUUGACUGGGAAAAUGAUUGUUCGCCACCUCUACUUUUUGUUUUCAUCCGUCACGUUGAGCUAUUCAUUAAUCGAUUGUUCCCAUGAAGAUACAUGUUUUGGUGAACCACCUGAUUGCGAUCCGAAUACUUCUUGCACGACACUCUUCUAUUUUGACGCUACGGGAAACUUGCAUCUCUAUCUACGCAAUUUCACCGACUCUAACGGUUACGCUGCAUUUCCAGUUAAUCGGCUACCGGAGGAUAUCACGGAGUAUUUCAUUUGUCUACCACACCAGGGAAAACGUGUAAGCGGGCAUACCGAACUUGGCGAGUUAGUGCAAAUUUCUGAUAGGAAUCUGACUGGCGUUGUGGAAAAACUUGACAACUACACCUUCCGAUGUAUGUUUAGUGCGUUCGAACUUCCCGACAAUUUCCAGCAAGAGCAGGUCUUUUUUGUAUCGAAAGACACUUACGAUGAAAUAUUUGUGAUCUUCGACGGAAAACAAUUAUACAACUUGGAAAAUGAAAUUGAUUUUGAUGCAUAUUCGGAUGACGAAGAACUAGUAGAAAACGUCAUGGAUGAUAUAUUCACUUCGGAUGAUGAAAAAAUAAUGUCUGAUGUCAUUGGCAAACUUCCCCUUGUUACGGAUAAAAAGGAAGACAUUGAGUUUGAGGAUACAGAACGUCGAAUUCAUUCUCGAAGUGUUCGAAAAAAUUUUGUUAAUGGAGAAUAUGUGGAUCUUUCGGAGGAAGAAAAAUUGGAAUAUAAUGAAAAUGAAUAUAGUGACUCUGAAAAUGUUGAAGAUGAAAGCGAAGAAGAAGUAGUAACUGUACAGAGAUUUCGCCGAAUACCAAGACAACAAGAAAGAAUGAUUGAAAUAAAUGGGGAAGCUGAUCACAAAAUCAAAAUUGAAAGCUACAAGAAAAACAACGACUCCAAGAACAUCGAAGGUAAUGCAAAUAUACCAUGGAUUUAUACAUUUGUAUUACUGCUUCUGUUGUUAUAAUAAUUUACACUGAUAACUUGUUUUAUUUAGAUUUCAAUGCUCCAACGGGUAUUGACUUUGCUUUAGCAUAUUUUUUCUCCCAUUUCCAAGGUAGAAAGAUUCAAUCCAUUACCAUGACUUGCAAUGAAUAUUUUACUUGAAAUAAUGAACACUAAAAAAAUUGUGCA